GACACAAUGAGCCACGCCUCGAGUCUCCCACACAACGCCUUGCAGGACGAGAUCAUUGUUGGUAGUAACGCUCAUAACAAGCCGUCCCGCACGAAGGCCCCCGAACCAGAAGAUGCUGUCAUGGGCGACCCCGAGGAAACGCCGCUCAUCCAUCACCAAAAACGGAAGCGAGCCUCCGCUGCGUAUCCUGAGUUGGUGGACGCUUCAGAGCUGGCUAGCCCGGCGCCUACCGAGGACCUUGACUCACGUCGUCCGGCUCGACCCUCUAAGUUACACGGUGCCGGCGGCGUGAAGGGGGUGCUGCUUGGCUAUUGGCGUGACUCGCCCGCUAAAAACGAGGCGGAUAAGCAUGGUGUUGUUGGUUUCAUCGAUGUUCGAGACCGCCUCCGCACUCGCAUCCAGCCAGCUACCCGGGACGGUCGUCCCAUGGACCAGAGGUACCCAAUCCCACCUGGGCCUGGUGGUAGCUGGGUGACUUUCGACAAGGUAGCUUUUGAUGCCCACCUCGCCGGCCAAAACCACCAUGUAAUCAAAGAAUACGUCAAGAUCCGCGCUGAGGGCAGUCGCAACGAUGAAACCCCAGAGGAGAGGGCCAAGCUAGACAAGGAAGCCAUUGAACUGGCCGCCGAACGCGUAAGGACUAACCCGCCCCCAGAAGCCGCCACCGCGCCUUCGGUCGCCUACGGCGCCGAGAUCCCUGCCAACGCCGUCCUUCCUAACCGACCAGAGACCAAGAAGCGCCGCCUGGCUGGUUCCCUCGGUGCAACCCCCGAUCCACCGAGAACUCCUCAAAACCCCCUCGAUAAUAUCCCAGGGACCAGACCGACAAAAGUCCUGAUUGGCUACUGGAAGCGUUCGAGUGAAGAGGACCCUAUCAACAAGCAUGCUGUACUCGGUAUUCUUGGCGCCAACGACAUGUUCAGAGUCAAACUGGCGCGGGAGACAAGGGAUGGGCGGACCGUCGUGGGCAACUUUCCUAGUGGCCCUGGCGCGCUCUGGAUCCAUUGGGACGAGGUCGAGUUUGAACCUCAUCUCGCCAAUCUUAGCAGGAACGAGGUCAAGGAGUACUGCCGGGUCCGUCAGCACCAACUGGAUCUCGGAGAGGCUCCCGCGGAGCGAACCGCGAAUGAGAUCAAGGCCGUGUACGAAGCACAGCACCGCGUCGCGCAGAGUCUCGCCACUGGCAUCCCUAUCCGUGGCAGCAACGACUUCGCUCCCCUUGCCAUGAAAGGUUCAGCAGACCCCGGCACUGUAACCUCCCCGUUCGCCUCCGCCGGGCAACUUGAAGAGCUCCGCCAUUCGCGGCGCUCAGAGAACGGUCCGCGUGCGGCGGCGGUGGCCGCUGGUCGCAAGCCCCUUCCCGACAUUGAGUUCCGCGCCGCCAAUCGAACCACGCCGGGUCCCAGCGCCGCCGCCGUCGAGCGCACCCACUCGCUUGCUCAGCGCGAGAUAGCCCGUCUCGAGGCCGUUCAAGCACGCGCCGGCGUUCACGCAGCCAAACGUGAGGCGUCCCUCGCUCCUUCCACGGCCGCCGCCACAGCCGCAGCCAGGCGGACCAGCCCAACUACCCGCACCAACCACGAUAGCAACGGCCACAGCAACGGCAACAACGGCCACCACCGCCACCACUUCCAGGACAAUGUCUCGCGGCUCAACAGGAUUUGGGAGGCGCAAGAGGCCAACCGCAUCCGCGCCGGCGCCGAGGACGCAAAGAUGUACAUGGGCGUCAAAUACCAGCGCAAGCAGAGCGGGCCGUUCCAGGGCAAGCUGGUCAGCCAGGGCAUGAUCAUCACGAUUGACGGCGAGGACUAUGUCGAGUAUCGCGUUCUGACGAAGCCGACUUUCUUUUAG